UACAAAAUGGUAGAUGAAAUAAAAACAUGCUGAUUGUGUUUGCUAUUUUUUGAAAAUGGGUAAAUCAUAUAGACAGAAGAACCACGGCGAUAAAUCUGAAAACAAAAGAAAAGAAAGACAUAAAGAUCGACAGAAGUCGGAAAUUGAUUAUCUUCCUGAUGCUGAUGAUGGAUAUGCUUAUGGGUUUCAAGGGGAGCAAGAUGAAAAGGAAACCCCAGAUGAAGCAAUCGACUCCAAGUUUCCUUGUCCAUUGGCCAUGUGGGAUCUGGAACACUGUGAUCCCAAAAAAUGUACUGGAAGAAAACUAAGCAGAUUUGGAAUGGUCCGUACUCUGAAGCUGAAACAGAAAUUUGGUGGUCUUAUCCUUAGUCCCAUGGGACAAAAGUGUGUUUCACCAGAAGACAGAGAUAUUAUUACACAACAUGGCCUUGCUGUUGUUGAUUGUUCCUGGAACAAAUUAGAAGAGACACCAUUUGCCAAAAUGAAGGGAGGGUAUCCUCGACUACUUCCAUACCUUGUUGCGACAAAUCCGGUCAAUUAUGGUCGUCCAUGUAAAUUAUCUUGUGUUGAAGCUUUUGCUGCUGCAUUUUAUCUGACAGGAUACAAAGAUCUGGGUAGCAGACUGUUGGAUAGGUUCAAAUGGGGUCAUAAUUUUUAUGAAGUGAAUGAAGAAUUAUUAGAGAAAUACUUAGCUUGUAAAAAUAGUAUAGAAGUUGUGGCUGCCCAGGAUGCUUACCUCAAACAGAUAACACAAGAAUCAGCUGACCGAAAAUUAGAAGAUCUGACCGAUAUAGAUCUGAGUUUAGAUGGGUAUAACCCUAACAGAGUUCAAUGGCCACCAUCAGAGAGUUCAGAAGAAGAAAGCAGUGAAGAAGAAUCUGAAGAAGAACAGGAUCACGAAGACAGUCAAAAAUCUGACAGUGACAAGGAAAUUAAAAAUAGUAACAGUGAAACAAACGAUAAUGUGAAAUCAACAGAAAAAUCAAACGAUAAUCUUUUUGAAAAUUCUUGUGAUACAAGUAAUACUGAUGUGUGCUCAGAUGUUACUGAUAGAAAUGUUCAGACAAAUUUGAAUAAGUUGACUUUAAAUAAUGAUUAAAAGUUAAAAUUGUAAAUUUGUGCAAUAAAUUAUUUGAAUUUA